AUGCAUAUUUCUGGUCCUAUUGUGCACCAUUCAAUGUGUACAUGCACUCCAAAGAGUAACUCACUGAGAUUUGCGACAGCAGAAAGGCCCUACCACAAAUGUAGUGGAUUGUCUGAAUAUAAUGCAUUUUGGAGAUGUGUCCAAGCAGGUGCUACCUACCUCUUUGUGCAGCUGUGCAAGAUGCUGUUUCUUGCCACAUUUUUCCCCACCUGGGAGGGAGGAGCUGGCGUGUAUGAUUUUGUUGGGGAGUUCAUGAAGGCCACAGUGGACAUGGCCGAUCUUCUAGGGCUUCAUCUGGUUAUGUCCAGGAAUGCUGGGAAGGGCGAAUAUAAGAUCAUGGUGGCAGCUAUGGGCUGGGCUACAGCCGAGCUAAUCAUGUCAAGAUGUAUUCCGUUAUGGGUGGGAGCUCGUGGCAUUGAGUUUGACUGGAAAUACAUUCAAAUGAGCUUUGAUUCCAACAUCAGUCUGGUACAUUAUAUUGCUAUGGCAGCAGUAGUAUGGAUGUUCACUCGCUACGACCUUCCCAAAAGCUUCCGGCUCCCUGUUACCAUCCUGCUGGGAUUGUGUGUUUAUAAGAUCUUUCUUAUGGAGCUGUUUGUUCAUGUUUUCCUCCUGGGCAGCUGGACAGCUCUCCUAGUGAAGGCCGUGCUCACUUGUGCCAUCUCCCUAUGUUCACUCUUCCUAUUCGUCACACUCGUUCACAGCAACUAAACCCUUAUACUGUACAGCGUCUCAACUCAAGAGGCAUUUCAAGUAUUUGAAGAACUGAUCCACAUUCCUGCUUUGAAUACUGUUGGCUUUUGUAUCUGCUACAAAGAGACCGUGAGAGUAUAACUGUUAUUAGUGAACAUGUGUUUAUACUUUAUUUAAUUAACUAAAUAAACAUUUGACUACGAUAUGAAGGAAUACUUGGACAGUUUUGGGAGAGAAACCAGUUAUGGCGAUACUUACUCAAAGAAAAACCUUCUUAACGACAAACUGAUUUAUUAAUAAAGGCCACAUGGGACAAAAAUAAUUUGCAAUUUUUGUAUUAGUGGUAGAUUUUAGUUACCAUAAAAUAUUGGCAAGUAUGAGCAAACCAA